UUUCGUGCACUCUGGUUAUAAUGUUUUCAGGCUAGACUCGAGAAUGUCGGACAACGCAGAAUCUCCCACAGAAACACAAAAAGACGAAUCAUCGGUACAGAACCAACAGAAUGUCGCAGCAGAUUCUGGAGACACUGCAAAGACAGAGGAAAAGAAAAAGAUUGAUGUGCUGUUGAAGGCAGUAGGAGAUACUCCUAUAAUGAAGACUAAGAAGUGGGCAGUAGAGAGAGGGAGGACUGUUCAGUCUCUUGCUCAGUUCAUCUCACGCUUUCUUAAACUUGACCCCAACGAACAACUGUUUAUUUAUGUCAAUCAGUCAUUUGCUCCAUCACCAGAUCAGGAAGUGGGUGUCCUUUUUGAGUGUUUUGGCAGCGAUGGGAAACUUGUUCUUCAUUAUUGCAAGUCACAAGCCUGGGGAUGACCCUUCAGAGUUUCUCACACACACACACAGCAGUGUGCUUGUCAGCUUUUAUAAUGACUAAUUAUUUGUUAUUUUUCGUUAUGUACUAAAUGUAAAUAAAUUAUUAUGAAACUAUAUGUUUCUUCUUUUUUUUUUUUGGUAGAUUUCUGACUCAGGAUAUUGAGUGGUUGCUGAAGCAAGGGAUUAACAUCCAGACAUCAAAUCCCCAAAACACCUAUAGUCUGUCGUAUUAAAUCUUGUUAAUGCUCGGCUUAUUUAGAAAGCACAGCUUAUGAUUUGAGCUCUUGUGCAGUAAAAGUGCAGUCGCCUUGGCAGGGAUGCAACAGAAAAAGGGAAGGAAUGAAUGUCUGUACAAAAGAAGAAAAGACAGAUUAACAGAUUGGAGGGAUUACAAAAAGGAGGAGAUUUGUGAAGGCAUGUAGAGAAAAUGAGGGAAAGCCUGAUGAGUGUGAGAGGCUAAAGGUAUGUUGCCUGCCUGGUUGUGUGGCUGAUGGCUGUUUCUGCUUUGGUCUUCCCGGGAAAAGAGGAAACGGAGACAAAGGGUGGACUGGGAAGGGAAUGGUUCAUUCACAAUUGUUCAUUGUGUACUUGUUUCUGGAGGUAGGAAAGGAUUUUUAAAAAAUAUUUUUAAACUGUUUAGUAAGUUCCAGCAGUGUGUUUUUUUUUUUUUUUUUUUUUAAAUUCGGUUUAUUGGGAUAAAUAAUGCUUUAUGAUAGAGAUUCAGCAUGUACUGGUGGCUCACUUGACAGUAACCAACCCCAAAAAACUACAAUAAUUUCUGUUUCUGCAACUUCUGUUAAAUGUUAUAUUCAGAUGUAUUCAUUAUUUUUCUUUGAGUAAUUUCUUAAUUGAUAUUGCUAUUGAAUAAAUGCAUUUGUUAAUAA